UGGCGCUCGCCUGACCAAUCGCAGCAGUCCGCACCGACACCCCUCAUAAACAUCAUCCUUAAUGUACUAGAGAUCAGAACCGCUCCUAAACCUCAGCAUCCCGACGGAGAUCGGAUCGGAUCGGCACGGGCGAUCGUUCGGAUGAUCGGCGCGGCAUCGCUCAUUAAUGCGGCGCGCUGAUGCUCGUCGCCACACCCAGCUCUGACUCACGAGGACGCGUUGUCAUCCUGCGCACAUUCAUCCCGCACACGAACAGCACGGCAUCGCAGCGGACAUCAGCCAUGGCAGAAUCGGAGACGCGUCAGAGGCUGCUGCGCAACGUCAAGAAGGAGGUGAAGCAGAUCAUGGAGGAGGCCGUGACGCGCAAGUUUGUGCAUGAAGACAGCAGUCACAUAUUCUCUUUCUGCGGUGUGGUGGAAGCGUGUGUUCUUCACGGGCUGAAGCGACGGGCUGCUGGUUUCCUGCGCAGCAACAAGCUGGCGGCUCUUUUCAUGAAAGUGGGGAAGAUGUUUCCACCAGCUGAGGAACUCUGCAGAAAGGUUCAGGAACUGGAGCAAAUCAUCGAAAACAAACAAAACCAGGGCCAGAUGAGUCAAGAGAGCGUCCGAAAACAGCCCAGGCCGCCCAACCUGUCGCCCCUGGCGAUCAAACACCUGUGGAUCCGCACGGCGCUCACUGAGAAGCUGCUGGACAAAAUUGUCCUGUACUUGGUGGAGAACAGCAGCAAGUUUUAUGAAAGGGAAGGUCUUCUGAGAGAUCCAGUUGAUGGCCCAAUCCUCGCAUCUUUGCUUGUCGGUCCCUGUGCUUUAGAGUACACAAAAGCAAAGACGGCCAAUCAUUUCUGGACGGACCCGUCGGCUGAUGAAUUAGUGCAGAGACACCGCAUUCACAGCGGCCACUGCCGCCAAGAUUCCCCCACUAAACGCCCGGCUCUCAUUCAGAAGAGGCAGUCGAGCGGCAGCAUGGACGACCGGCCUUCACUGUGGGCGCGGGAUUACGUCGAAUCCCUUCAUCAAAACUCUAGAGCCACGCUGCUUUUUGGGAAGAACAACGUUCUGGUGCAGCCGACAGAUGACAUGGAAGCAAUCCCAGGAUACCUCUCUCUUCACCAGACGGCCGAUCUCAUGACGCUGAAAUGGACACCGAACCAGCUGAUGAACGGAAACAUGGGGGAGCUCGAUUAUGAGAAAAGUGUAUAUUGGGAUUAUGCCAUGACCAUUCGUCUGGAGGAAAUCGUCUAUUUGCACUGCCAUCAGCAAGUGGACAGUGGUGGUACUGUGGUUUUGGUGAGUCAGGACGGGAUCCAAAGGCCUCCGUUUCGCUUUCCUAAAGGCGGUCACCUGCUGCAGUUCCUCACGUGUCUGGAAACGGGCCUCCUUCCUCACGGACAGUUAGAUCCGCCUCUCUGGUCCCAAAGAGGAAAGGGUAAAGUGUUUCCAAAACUGCGUAAAAGGAGUCCGCAUGGAUCCUGCGAGUCAUUCUCGGACAAGGAUGAAGACGAGGCCACUGAUUAUGUGUUUCGGAUCAUAUAUCCGGGCAGUCAGGAGUUUGUGGCACCGGAGCUGAUGGAUCAGACAGUGAACAUGUGGCAGCCCACACCUAGGAAGUCGUCUUGUUCUUCCUGUUCGCAGAAUGGCUCGUCGGACGGCGGCCUUCCCAACGGAUGCAACCAUGACAGGGCGCCGCUGAAGCUGCUCUGCGAGACCAUGAAGCACCAGAUCAUUUCCCGCGCUUUCUACGGCUGGCUGGCGUACUGCCGUCACCUGUCCACCGUUCGCACGCACCUGUCCGCUCUGGUAAACCCCACUAUCGUUGAGCCCGACAUCCCCUAUGAUGCCAAAGGCGGUCUGUCUGCAGAAGUGUGGAAGACGUUUCUACAGGACAGCACUGCGUAUGAGGAAGAGGAGCUCCUUCGUCUGGUGUAUUACGGCGGCGUGGAGCCGUCUCUGCGUAAGGAGGUCUGGCCCUUCCUGUUGGGUCACUACCACUUCACCAUGAGCCUCACAGAACGCAAAGAGGUGGACGAGCAGAUUCGAGCGUGUUACGAGCAGACCAUGAGCGAGUGGCUGGGAUGCGAAGCCAUCGUGCGUCAGCGGGAGAAGGAGCAGCACGCCGCCGCUCUGGCCAAAUGCGCGUCCGGCGCCAGCGUGGACCACGGCUCGCGCCAGGACUCCACCAUCAGCACGGACUCGUCUCAGAGCAGCAGCUCCGAUAAACAGGGUCACGCCGGAUCACACAGCGACUCCAACAGCAGCACUCAGGUGUUCGGCUCUGUCGAUGAGGUGGACCCAAUCGAAUCUGAGCCCAAACCAAAAGACGAGAAGCCGCAGCCCAAAAUCCCAAAUGGCACUCUGCCCAACUGCACUAGCUCUCCAGACUCUGGACACCCGUCGUCCCGUAACUUCUCAGUGACCUCGGCUCUCUCAGACUGCUCUCCGAGCACAGAAGAGACGUCCACGCAAGAGUCGGGACCCAAAACCGCAGCCCGAGAGCCAGCGUCUGGAGACCAGACGGAUGAAAAGACCAAAGAGGAGCGACCAGAAGACAACUUGACUACUCAGGAUACGGUCAAAGAAGAUCCUGCCGAUUCACAAACACAAAGUGCUGCUUCAGAAGCAGACAUUAAACCUCUAGAAAGUGAGAAAAUCCAAACUUUGAAUGCAGAAGAAGCAUCUAAGACAGAAACACAUCAGACAGAAGAUGCAAACUCACAAAACGCAGUUGAUUUGUCUGAAAAAGAAGGUAAAAUGCAAACUACUGGCAUAAAAUGUGAAGAAAAUGACAUAAAUGAAUCCAAACAGGAUCCUGUUGAAGAAACAACCAAAUCCUCAGAAUCAAAAGAGGUUGAGAUUGAAGAUCCAGGACGUGUGUCUUCACCGUCUGGAGAAGAAAACACACACUCGAAGACUGACACAGAAUCAAAUUUAAAAGUAGACGAAGACCAAGACUCCAAAUCCAAUCCACAACCAUCGAUAAUCUCUCAAACGGAUGAAAACAAACCUGAAGGUUUGGAAAAACAGACAUCUGAAUGUUCAUCUGAACCUCAGAAUGUGAUUCGAACCCCGAACGAAGCCGAAACCAUCAGCGCGCCGCAAACCAUCAGCUGGGAAGCCGAUCACAACAGGACCCGAUCGAUAAUCAAACAAAUCACCGAAUCUGAAUCGGAGAGUUGCGGUCCCAUCACCUCCCUAUCAAAACAAUCUCCAGACAUGUCUGACGACUCGCCGUCAGCUUUGGAAAUGGAGGAGAUCGCUUCGUCUGUGGUUUAUAUGUCCUCGGAGAGCACCGUGUCCAGGACACCUCUGACUUUGGCUCGUCCCGUGGCGCCGGAGAAGACGGUCAUGGGAAUGCCGGCUCUGGAGCUCUGCAUGGAGCCGGGCGUCAACACGAGUCCGGAGGGAACAGACUCUGCGCUCUCUGAGGAGGAACCGGAGAUGGAUAACUUAUUCCCCAAACCAGACUCUCUAGCAGUCACAGGAGACAAGAACGACAUUGCGUCCCCAGUGUCGUCUAUCGGGACCACCUACUCACAGGAGCUGGUGGACCUGUACACACUCAAUCUGCACCGCAUUGACAAAGACGUCCAGCGGUGUGACAGGAACUACUGGUAUUUCACCCCGGCAAACCUGGAGAAACUGCGCAACAUCAUGUGCAGUUACGUUUGGCAGCAUCUUGACAUUGGAUACGUCCAGGGAAUGUGUGACUUGUUAGCGCCCCUGCUGGUCGUCCUGGAUGAUGAGGCCAUGGCCUUCAGCUGCUUCACUGAGCUCAUGAAACGCAUGAAUCAGAACUUCCCUCACGGAGGAGCCAUGGACACACACUUUGCCAACAUGCGCUCCCUUAUCCAGAUUCUGGACUCAGAGCUGUUUGAGCUGAUGCAGCAGAACGGCGAUUACACACACUUCUACUUCUGCUACCGCUGGUUCCUCCUGGACUUCAAGAGAGAGAUGGUGUACGAUGACGUGUUCUCCGUGUGGGAGACCAUCUGGGCCGCGCGUUACGCCUCCUCGGAGCACUUUGUGUUGUUUAUCGCGCUGGCGCUGGUGGAGCUGUACCGCGACAUCAUCCUGGAGAACAACAUGGACUUCACCGACAUCAUCAAGUUCUUCAACGAAAUGGCUGAACGUCACGAUGUCCCGAAGCUGCUGGUCAUGGCCCGAGAGCUGGUGCACAAGGUCCAGAUCCUGAUUGAGAACAAGUGAAACGACAUCCAUUGAAGACGCUCGCUCUCUGUUUUUGGCCAUUAAACAACUCCUCAGAGCUCAAGUAAAUGCCAAACCAGUGUUGUUUUCAUCUGCCCUAAUUAUAUGUAAGAUUAAUUUAUAGAGAAUGCACAUUGAAAUACAUUUUAAAUGCCUAUACAUAACAUUUAUUUAGUUAUGGACUCAAAGCUAAACUGAUUUUGAUUUCAUGGGGUCUGUAAGAGUAAAUAUGACUGAGAAUAUAUAAGAGAUGAAGAGAUAUUAUAGAAAAAAAAAAAAAAAAUGUAGGAUACUCUGAGAGUAGUUUUAUACGAGGUUGUGGAUGUAAACAAAUGGCUAUGAAAUAUAUAAAGAUGAUUUAUGAAUGGCAGUAAUGGCAUGUACCCUUUCUAAGACAGAUUUUCUAAAAGCACAAAGUAUGAAAAAUAAUGCUGUAUAUUUAUUUAUUUUUUAAAUGUGUGAAAAUUAGACAUAAUCAUUACUGCAGAUGUUUAUCGUACUUCACACAUCACUUCAUGACGUUUGCACGGAAAAAUAGACAGCAUCUGUUCACAUUGGGGAAGUGAAUUAUUGUCAUUUUCAGCCGGUUGGUUGAAUCUUGUCUCAUAUUUCACCUCUAAAUACAAAGGAAAAAAUAAGAAAUUAUACUGGCAUUCUAUUUUUAGGACCAUUAAGAUUUGUGAAAAUAUAGUAAAUCAUUAUUACAAUCAUUUUUUUUUAUUAUUUAGAUAAAUUAAAAAAUGUAGAAUAAAUACUACCAUGAUGUGCAUGUAUUUUAUAUACAUACACACACACACAACGUAUAUGUAUAUAUAGUAUAUAAGUAUUUUUGUUGCAUUACAAUACUGAAAAUGAGAUGUUAUUUAUUAUUUGUUGAGAUGUUAUUUAUUUGGGAGUAAACUGUGCUUAAUUGUCAAGAAAUGGUCUUAAAAAUAGGCUGAAUUGUCUUUUUCCCCUCAUAUUUCACCUCUAAAUACGAAGGAAAAAAUUAAAAAUACAUAUUUGCAUUCUAUUUCUAGGACCAUUAAUAUUUUUGCAUGUUUGCAAAAAUAUAGUAAAUCAUUAUUGCAAUACAUUUUUAAUUUAUUUUUUUUACAGAAAUUAAAGGAUUUAGAAUAAUACCUGUACCUGUAUAAUAUUUAUAUUUUUUGUCACAUUAUAGUAAUGAAAAUUUUAUGCAUUUAUUUAUUUACUUGGCAGUAAACGGUGCUUACCUGUCAAGAAAAGGUCUUAAAAGUAGGAAGAUUUUCCCCCCUAAUGUUUCACCUCUAAAUACAAAGGAAGAAAUAAAGAAAAAUAUUUGUGUUCCAUUUAAGACCAUUAAUAUUUUUGCAUGCUUGCGAAAAUGUAGUAAAUCAUUAUUGUAAUACAUUUUUUUAAUUAAAAUAAAUUAAAGGACAUAGAAUAAAUACUAUCAUGAUGUGUAUAUAUACACAUGAUGUAUAGGUAUAUAUAUAAUAUAUGUUUUUUGUCGCAUUACAGUAAUGAAAAUUAGAUUUUUUUUAUUUAUUUGAAAGUAAAUUGUGCUUAACUGUCAAGAAAUGGUCUUAAAAAUAGAUUGAAAUCUAUUUCACCUCUAAAUAAUAUUUGCAUUCUACUUUUAGGACCAUUAAUAUUUUUGCAUUGUUGCAAAAAUAUAGUAAAUCAUUAUUUAAAACAUUUUUGUUUAAUUUAGGUUUUUUUUUUCACCUUAAAUUGAAUGAAAAUUUGUAUUUAUUUAUUUAUUUGGUAGUAAAAUGUGCUUAAUGGUCAAGAAACGGUCUUAAAAAUAGGCUGAAUUCUCUUUUUCCACAUAUUUCACCUCUAAAUACCAAGUAAAAAAUAUAUAUAAAUAAUAUUUGCAUUCUGUUUUUAGGACCACUAAAAUUUUUUGCAUUGUUGCAAAAAUAUAGUAAAUCAUUAUUGUAAUACAUUUUUGUUUCAUCUGUCACAUUAAACUGAAUAAAAUUUGUGUGUGUUUAUUUAUUUGACAGUAAAUUGUACUUAAUUGUCGAGAAAUGGUCUUAAAAAUAGGCUGAAUUCUCUUUUUCCUCAUAUCUCACCUCGAAAUACAAAGGAAAAAAAAUUUAAAUUAUAUUUGCAUUCUUUUUUUAGGACCAUUAAUAUAUAGUAAAUCAUUAUCAUAUUACAUUUUUUGUUUAAUCCUGGGGUUUUUUUUUUCACAUUAAAUUGAAUGAAAAAUUGUAUUCAUUUAUUUAUUUGGUAGUAAAAUGUGCUUAGUUGUCAUGAAAUGGCCUUAAAAUGACUCAUAUUUGCUUUCUAUUUUUAGGACCAUUAAAAUUUUUGCAUUGUUGCAAAAAUAUAGUAAAUCAUUAUUGUAGUACAUUUUUGGUUUAAUUUUGUUUUUAUUUUUGAAUUUUUGUUUUUUUAUUUGGCAGUAAAAUAUGUUUAAUUGUCAUAAAAUGGUCUUAACAAUAGGUUAAAUUUCCUUUAUGCAAAAAAAAUUUAAAAAGUAGUUUUAUUUCUUUUGAUUUUGGGGUGAAAUGUGAGCCGGACGUGUUCUCGCCGCAUUGACUCAUUACUGUCAUGUUUUCAUCACUCAUAUAAUGUGUUGAGCUGCUACACAAUGACGUACCUCACUCAGUGAAGCUACUUUACUGUAAGAACAAUCGAUCACCAGAGAGAGUUUCAUCUGUAUUGAUCUUUUUGCCUUAAGUUUCUCUGUUCAGGGACGUGUGUGCUGGACGCUUGAUGUUCACGUAUAUCUGAUAUCUGCCAUAUAGACACGUGUGUGGGUGCGUGUGUGUGUGUGUACAGACGUGCUCUUCUACCAGCAGCCAAACUUUUGUAAAGUGUCCCAAACUUUUAGCACUUGUUGGAUCUGAUGUGAUUGUAGUAACCUGCUGUGAUUGAGAGCGAUCGGUUGAAGUGCCAGUGUUAUCGACACUAAACCCUGUGUCAUAUUUGCCAUAUCAUCCGUCUGUACGUAUUGCUGUUUUACACCCUGUAACAUUAGCUUACACUGAAUGGCGCUGUAUGUAGCUCACAAUAUAACAAUAUCUACAAAUGUUGGACGUGUGAAUUGUAAAAACUUCUUCUGAUCGAUGUAUUGGGCUCACAGCCUCAGUGACACGAACUACAGACAACGACAAGACACAAAAGAUUUGUUGAAACUGUAUUGGAAACCUAUAUAUUUUUAUUGUACUCUGUGAAACUACAUAGUAUAUUGUCAGAACUGCGUGCUGCAUAUGAUAUAAUCUGUAUUAUAAUAUUUAAUAAAUGUAUGUGUUGACUGUU